AUGAAUAAUAUGGAUUUUAACAUAACAAUACCAGAUGGAUGGGAAAAAAAUUAUGAAGAUAACAAAAAAAUUGAAGAUUUAUUAAUAUAUCAACGUAUAAAUAUAGGAAUUGGAAGUGGUGGUAUAUUUAUUAAUUGUGUCCUUUUAUCAGCUUUAAUUUCAUCAAAAUAUUUUAUAAAACAUGGUGGAUUAAUAAUAUUAUUGUGUAUUGGUGAUUUAGCUAACUGUUUGCGUGUUUUUUUGCAAGGUUAUAUAAGAUCAAAUAUGUAUACUUUUGUCUUAGCAUACCAAAUUCAUAAAAUUCAAACAUAUUGGUCCUGUGCUUUGUUUUCAUGUAAUUGGAUGGGAUUAUUAGGUUCAUUAAUUCCACAUAUUGUAACACUUGUCAUGGGUAUUGAAAGAAUUGUAGCAUUAAAAUUUCCUGUAAUAUACAAAAAACAUUUUAAUGGAAUGACUACUGCUUUUGUUUUAGCAUAUAUGAAUAGAAAUGUAAUCACAAAAUAUUGGUGUGGAAGAAAAGCAUCAUAUACUAAUAUUUAUGUUGUUUACAUAUAUAUUAUGAAUAUUAUUGGAUAUGUUGUAUGUUUUAUACUUACAGUAAUUGUUUUAUAUCAUGUAAAACUUUCCUUAAAAUUAUCUUUAAAUAAAAAAAAAAGUGUUACAAAACAAAAAAAUACAGUUUUAAAUGAUCAAGAAAAAAGAGAUUUAAAAACUUACCAACGUGUAAAAACAAUUGCAAUAAUUUCUUUUGUUUCAUCAGUCACAAUAUCUUUUCCAAGUUUUAUAUCUUUAUUAUCACUUGCUUAUAAAAAUUUAAGUGUAAUUAUGUCUGAUCCCUCAGAUUGGGUAUCAGUUUUUAAGUCAUCAAUCAAUUUUUUUGUAUAUUUAUUUAUGAAUAAUGAAUUUAAAGCUCAUUUAUUUGGUAAUAUACUGAAUAUUGCAAAAUAUAAACAAAAUUUUAAGUUAGUUGCAAUAACUAAAAUUACAGUUAUGAAUACGAAAAAACGUCUAACUGUUUUUGAAUGA